CCCGCUGUUCCAUGUGUUUAUCCCAUCUCUUUAGGACAAACUCUUCUAAAUUUUUCUUGCCCAAAAGUAUCAAUAGGACUUUUACUGUGUCAAAUAAUACCAAAUUCAAUUCAACUUUUUUUUCUUGUGCUGCUUUGAAGUAUUGUGCCAAUUCUUAUGCUUCUUUUUCGUCUCAAAAAUCAAGUGACGUAAAAAUUUUGAGCGAAGAUAUUUUAAAAGCUGCACUUCCAAAACAAUCUUCCAGUGAUGAUUCCAAUAAACAAUCCAAUGAUUCGGAAGAAAAUAAAAAGAAUGAUCCAUUCUCUAAAAGAGCAAUGAAAUAUACAUUUUUAGCAUUUGGAUCAGUGUUUACCGGCUUGCUAGGAUUAGCUAUUUACGAAUGGGGUGCUCCAAAUUUAGAUGAAAAUGGAGACAUUAUAAAAGAUGAAUUCAGUGAAAUGCCAGCUCUCAAAGCUUAUUUGUACAGAACUUACAGAGAAAUAGUAUUUUAUAAUAAGUUAAUUAAGGAACCAUCAAGGGAUAAGCUUUUGCCUGAACCUUUGACUGAACCAUAUUAUCAGCCUCCUUAUACUUUGGUUUUAGAAAUGACGGGAGUACUAGUCCAUCCGGAUUGGACGUAUCAGACAGGUUGGCGGUUUAAAAAAAGACCAGGCGUAGACUACUUUUUACAGCAUGCUGGGCCACCUCUUUUUGAAAUAGUUAUUUAUACCAGUGAACAAGGUUUUACAGCUUUUCCUAUAAUUGAUUCAUUAGACCCUAAUGGAUACAUAAUGUACAGAUUAUUCAGAGAUGCUACGAGGUACAUGAGUGGACAUCAUGUAAAAGAUUUAUCUUGUUUAAAUCGAGAUCUGUCAAGAAUCAUAUAUGUAGAUUGGAAUGAAAAAUCAUUCCAACUUCAACCCAAAAACGCUUUGAAAUUGAAGCGGUGGAAAGGAAAUGAUGAUGAUAAGACAUUAUAUGACUUGGCAAAUCUAUUGCGUGCUAUAGCCACAAGUGAAGUUGAAGAUGUACGAACUGUUCUCGAGUAUUAUAGCCAGUUCGAUGAUCCAAUUCAAGUAUUUAAAGAAAAUCAAAGGAAACUUCAGGAAGAAGAGGACAAACGAUUGCAAGAAGAAAAGGGAAAGAAAUCAAGUUUAGUUGGUGCUUUCUCUGGUAAUCUCUUAAGACGAAGAUAAAUUAUUUAAAUUUUCGGGGUCAUUUCAUUCAUUCAUUCAAGUCAUUGUAGUUUCUUGCAUCAUGUACUCACUCUCAUCGAAGAAAGUUUUUUUGUAAAGGCAACAAUGUUCAGAACUAGUGAAAUGCAGCAUAGAAAUAUAAUGUAAGGUCAAAAACUGAAAAGAUUCGAUUGCUUGAUUUAAUAGUUUUUCAUAUGACUAUGUUCACAUUAUUGAAAAAAAAAAACAGCAAUCUUUUAUAGAAUCCGUUACUGUACCUAUUUCUUGAGAGCAUGUUCUGUCACUUUUGUACUUGACGAAAACAUUUUAUUUUAAAGUCAUAAAAAUGUUUCUUUAAUAAUUAAAAUGUUUAUCUGAUUUACAAUCUAUGUUAAUACCCAGCAUACAAAAGAAAAUCAAUUUGAAUAAAAGUUUGAAUGUGUAAUCAAAAGUAUAAAUUAAGUCAAAU